CUUAUGCAAACCUAAGAAACUGAAAAGAAAAUUUGUUAAAUUCAUAGAUUAGAUGUAGUGGCUGUAGAUCUUAAGUCAGAAACUAGAUUAGAGGACAAAUACUUAUGCACCAGGUGCCUAACUGACAAAAUAGAUAAAGAAAACAUGGCACUGCUAUUUGAAGCUAAUUAAAUGAUACAAAGCAUGAAGACUUAAUCUUUAAAGUAAAGCAAGGAAGAAAAUACUCUAAGACUCACCAAUCUAAAAUAAUUAUCAUCAUCAAUUAAAUCUUUUAUAAAUUACAUUAAAACAGAACUUGGAAAAUUGCUUCAUUUAGUGGAUUAAUAAAUAGAAUAAAUCCAAAAUGAAAUUGAAUCAAAAGAGACAAAAAUAGAGAUCAAAAACUUCGAUGAUGAAAUUCAAAUUCUAUCAGAAAAUUAUAUCGGGAAUUUUAAUUAUAACAUACCAUAAGAAAAAACCUAAAAAUAAAAGGACAUCGAACUUAUUUAAUUAAUUUAAGAAUCUCUAUAAUCUUAGUCAAAAUCAUAGUAUUUCAGCUAGAUUAUGGAAUCAAUAGAUCAAAUAAGAUAAAGUACUCCAAUCAUUUAAUAGGCAAAUAUAAACAAAAUGUCUGUUAAGGAAUUUGAUUAACAUGUAAGUUCUAAUCUAUUUAUAGAAAACUCCUUGCCUUAAGUAAACCUGCAAUAAACAUAGUAAAGAAAUAAUUAUGUUCAAUCUUAAUUUAAACUAACCAAAUUUUAGUCGACUAGCAUGUGUUGAAUGCAUUGAGGAAGUUCCUAUAUAAUAUAUUAGCUUAAAAGAAGCAAACAAAAGGUGGAAACUAUUUGUUGGGCAAUAAGAAGAUUUAAUUGUGAAAAAUAAUUUUAGAAGAGAGAACACUUUUAAUACGGUUAUUAAAGAAGUUAAAUAAUUAAAAGAUUAUUAUAAUGAUUCAUUAUCAGAAAUGUUGAUAUCAAUAGAUUAGUAAUUAUAGAAGAACAAUACAGAUAUUUAAGAUAUAAUUAAUUUAUAGGAGAAAUAGUUAUUUGAGUUGGAUGAAUAAUUAAUUUAAAAAAUUAUUGAUUUUUUAAGUUUUGAAGAUAAGAAUAAACAUUUAAUUGAACUUUAGGAGAAACAAGAUAGGCUUGAUUAUUUAUUCUAUUAAAAUAUCAAAUGUAAAUUAGAUUCCCUUAUAAAACAUGAUCUAUUAUGCAAGUAAUAAUUGAAUAAAUUUUGAA